AUGGCUAAACGGCAACUAACACAAAGUGAAAUUCAACGUGCCCUUGUUGAAAGUGACAAUGAAAACAUUUUUGUCCAUGAGUGCGAUAGUGAUGAUGAGAAUUUCGCUGUUGACAGCUGUUCUGAUAGUGAAAGUAAUGUCACAGAACCAGCAUCUGAAAACGAUGAUGAACAAUUAUGGAAUAACAGUGAUGAUGAUUACAAGAAUACGUCUCAAUUUACACUUAUAAAGGAAGAGAUAACAACUUGUAAAUCAGAACCUAACAGGCAAAACCGAACGCCUCGACACAACGUAAUUCGCGGCGGUAUCUAUAAGGUGAUUCUUCCUCCUCCAGGCCAAACCAUAAUAGGUCCGAUAGACAGUUUCAGCCUUUUUUUCGACGAUCACGUAUUACAAGUAAUAGUAAACUAUACCAAUACUGAAGGGCUUAGAAUUUUACAAAAUCGAUGGAAAUCAACAGAUAUACAAUCGAAAUGCAAGUACUCCGAGGUCUUUUAUUGA